GCCUGCAGUUCUGUCGAAGAUGCACUGGACACCGGAACACGCCCAGUCCCUCAACCAGUGGCCAGAGCAGCACCUGGACGUCUCCUCCACUACCCCGUCGCCGGCCCACAAGUUGGAGCUGCCCCCUGGGGGUCGCCAGCGCUGCCACUAUGCUUGGGCACACGACGACAUCUCUGCCCUCACAGCCUCCAACCUCCUCAAGCGCUACGCAGAGAAGUACUCAGGGGUCCUGGACUCUCCCUACGAGCGCCCCGCGCUGGGCGGCUAUGGCGACGCCGCCUUCCUCAACGGCGCCAAGGGGGACCCCGAGCCCUGGCCAGGGCCGGAGCCACCCUACCCCUUGGCCUCACUCCACGAGGGCCUCCCGGGAACCAAGUCGGGCAGUGGGGGCGGCUCCGGGGGCCUCGGGGGCUCCCCGGUUUUAGGCGGGAACCUGCCUGAACCCCUCUACGCCGGCAAUGCGUGUGGAGGCCCGUCGGCGGCACCCGAGUACGGGGCGGGCUACGGCGGGGGGUACCUGGCCCCCGGCUACUGCGCGCAGACCGGCACCGCGCUGCCCCCGCCGCCCCCCGCGGCCGAGGCCGGGGUGUCGCUGAAGCGCAAGGCCGCCGACGAAGGCGCGGAGGGCCGCUACCGCAAGUACGUCUACGAGCCCGCCAAGGCCCCGGCGGCCGACGGCGCCUCCUACCCCGCAACGGACAACGGCGAGUGUCGGGGCAACGGGUUCCGGCCGAAGCCGCCGGGAGCCGCGGAGGAGGCGUCGGGCAAGUACGGUGGCGGCGUGCCCCUCAAGGUCUUGGGCUCCCCCGUCUACGGCCCGCAACUCGAGCCCUUUGAAAAGUUCCCGGAGCGCGCCCCGGCGCCGGCUCCCCGCGGGGGCUUCGCGGUGCCGUCGGGAGAGCCCCCCAAAGGCGUGGACCCGGGGGCCCUGGAGCUGGUGACGAGCAAGAUGCUAGACUGCGGGCCCCCGGUGCAGUGGGCAGACGUGGCAGGUCAGGGCGCGCUCAAGGCGGCGCUGGAGGAGGAGCUGGUGUGGCCCCUCGGCGUGCUGGUCGUGGGCACCACCUCGCGGCCCGCGGCUCUGGACGAGGCUACCCGCCGGCGCUUCGCUCUCCGCUUCUACGUGGCGUUGCCCGACGGCCCUGCCCGCGGGCAGAUCCUGCAGCGGGCGCUGGCCCAGCAGGGCUGCGCGCUGAACGAGCGGGAGCUCGCGGCCCUGGUGCAGGGCACCCAGGGUUUCUCCGGGGGCGAGCUGGGGCAGCUGUGCCAGCAGGCAGCGGCCGGGGCGGGCCUCCCGGGGCUGCAGCGGCCCCUCUCCUACAAGGACUUGGAGGCAGCGCUCGCCAAGGUGGGCCCUAGGGCCUCCCCCAAGGACCUGGACUCGUACGUGGAAUGGGACAAAAUGUACGGCUCCGGACACUGACGGCGCGCCGGGAGGCCGCGGGAGCAAGCCGCCCCGCUCCCCCCGCCCCUCCGGUCGGGAGGGUUGUCUUUAACCAAACCGGGCUGGGAGGGUGCCGGAGUGAUGAAUGUGGGCUGGGGGAGGGGAGGGGCUGCCGGUGAAAUUUUUUUUUUUUUUUUCCGUGGGAAGGAAAAUGCUUCUGCUAGGCAGAUAGAUGCCAUAUGCGCUGUGUACUCAGGUUUUUCCUAUUUAUUGUGGACGGGAAGCUCGCCAUCUCCGCCCGGCCGACGGGCAGACCCGGGAUAGGCUGGCACCCGGGGCCUAAGGAACUCCUGCGCCCUCGCCACAAUCCUUUUGUCUCCUCGCUCCCUGAAUGGCUCUCUCCUCCCCCCUCUUUCUCUGCAUUCGCGUAGUUUUCUCUCUCCGUGGUUUUGUCACUGACUUUCUCCUAUGUUGGCCCUGUUUCUCUUUUGCCCCUCCCUCCCCAUCUCUCCAUCUAUCACCCUCUGUGCUUCUGUCUCCCUCCCUCGCUUUCCAGCCUGUUUCUCUUGGUCCCUCUCAUUCAAAAGAAUGCAGUGUACCUUUGCAGGAGAUCUGAAAGUCCAGGGGCUGAGGAGGAGGGGUAGGGAGUUCCCUCCCACCCCAUUAUCCUUCACCCAGCUGUAUCCUUGGGUCUUGGGGGGG